AUGGAUGCAGAACAAACUGCACAAAGUAAUUUUAUUGUUACAAUUACACUUUUAAUUUAUUAUUCAUUAUAUGCUAGCCCGUUCUAUAUCUCCUGCUGUGUUUCGGAACGAUUUCGCAAGCAAUUAGUUUAUGUACUUGUCAAUAUUUGGCUUAAUCGAUGGCGACAAUGGAUAAAUAGAUUAAACAACAGUCAAAUUGGACCGAAUAUAGAAAUGCGAGACAAUGAACAUUUAAAUAGAAUAAGAAAAGAUUUAGUUGAAUUUGAUUCAAUUCGUUAA